AUGACAUUGACUUCCAGUUUUGUCAAACUGGUAUAUCAUCUUGGCAACCCACCUAAGCCUGCUCUCGUUCCUACCAAAGAAACCAAGACAUCCUCUUUAGCUCCCUCAAAGAUAUUUCAAUCAUGGCUCAAUCACCUACCCAAACCCCUUCCUCGUGAAAGUGGUAAACAUGUCUUCCGAUUACUGUUCCCUCACGAAGGUUCGCGUAGGAGGUACGGACUGAAGGAGAGCAAGCUGGCUUUGGAGCUAGAAAGGAUAUUGGGUCUGAGGGGUUUGUCGAAAUGGGAUAGGGUAUGUUGGGAUAAUGGAGAAAGUGGGACGGGAUGUUUAGGCAAGGAAAUUGAACUACUUAUGAGAGAUAGGUCCAUGACAGAGCGUAAAUCGACGGUAUCAAUUCGCGAUAUCGAUGCAUUACUUGAUGAGUUGGCUUCCUCAUCUACCUUCUCUCAACUCUCCCAAGACCAAGAUCAAAUUCACUCAAGACCAGCAAGACGCCGAUCGCCUCAGGAAAUAUUGACAUUUUUAUAUCGAGAUUCCAAUCUCACUCCAUACGCUUUAUCAGUCCUCACACAAAUCAUCUUAAGAGACUUACGACCCCUCUUAAACCCUCUACCUAAACUGUCGGUCAGAAACCCCACAACGAUGUUACGAAUGAAAUCCAAUACCGGCCCCGAACAACUCAAUUUGAAAGACGCCCUAUGCGCUUGGGAUAAGAGGCUGUGGGGAUUUUAUAAUGGAGGAAUGGGUAAUUUGGAUAGAUGUUUUGAUAAGUUCGAUAAUCUGGAAAAUGAACAUGAUAAGAUCGUCAUGACAGGGCCAGUCUUGGGUAUCAAUAUAAAAAUACCGAAAUGUCGAAAGGGUCGUUCGAUCCCGGAUGCUCUGAGUGAAUUUACGGGUACCAAAUACUCUCCGCCUGUUGAUGAAGUAUGGGCAGAAACGAAGUACGAUGGAUAUAGAAUGCAAAUUCACGUCGAUUGCUCGGGUGACCAACCGACAAUCAAAGUGUUUAGUAAAUCUACUAGGGAUAGUACGGACGAUAGGUUGAAUACGCAUCCAAUCAUCUUAGCUUCCCUGGACUUACCUAUACCAUCUCAUCUGCCGAUUCACCCCUCCUUGCUCAAACGAUUAUCGAUACUUCCUGAAACAGGUCCUCAAACGGGUAGGGGUAUUACCUCGGUGAUACUGGAAGCGGAAGUGGUCCCAUUCAAUGAAGCCUCGAGAGAAGGCGGUAGAGGUCCCGGUAUAGAGGAGUUCUGCUGGCUUGGAAAUGCUGGUGUCACAGCAUCAGCCAUGCCAUUGGUCAAUACACAACAGAACAGACAUCUCUGCCUGGUAUUCUUCGAUAUCCUAUACCUGGAUGGACAAAGUCUCUUACACAAACGAUAUGAGGAUAGAAGAGCAUUAUUGGAAACGGUGAUCAGACCAAUCCAAGGCUUCUCUCAAUUGGCCGAAAGGACGAGAAUACCGUUAGGUGUGAACAGACAAUCGGCCCCUCAGGCAUUAGAAGAGGCUUUCCAGCGUAGUACUGAACGUCGUGAAGAGGGACUGGUGCUCAAAGCUUCCAACUCGACUUACGCGAAUAUGAAAUGGCAAUGGGUAAAACUCAAGAAAGAUUACAUCCCCAACUUGGGAGAUUGUAUUGAUCUAGUCUUGCUGGGCGCAGGGUGGGAUAUCGACCGAGCGAGAGAGUUAAGGGUUGACACAUCAGUAUUUACCACAUUCUACCUUGGCGUCCUGACCAACCCUACUCGAAUCACUUCGCAUAGAGAAGUACCUCAUUUCGAGAUCCUAUUCAGAGUUUCUUAUGGACCUGAUCGCACAAAGCUGGAAUACUACAAUUCGUGUUUGAGGCAUGGUAGAUGGGGUAGCAAACCUUUUGACAAAGAUGAUCUUUUCAAGAGAAGACUGAUAGGCUUAUCCUGGACAUACACGCUACAAAAAGGGAUGAUACCUCCUUCGGUUAUGUUUGAGAAACCGUUAUGUGCCGAAGUUAUGGGUGCAGGGUUUCAGAAAUUACCUGGAUCGAAUUACUACGAACUUCGUUGGCCAAGAUUACAGAAAAUAUACGAACCUUCAGAAAGGCAAUGGAUAGAUGCACUAUCCGCUCAAGAUCUCAUCAGAUCAGCCCAUCAAUCUCUAGGGUACCACAUCCCUUCUACCAACUCACCUUACUCGCCGCCUUCGGCUGAAGACUCCAUACGGGCAUUAUGGCGGUCGCACUCAACGAUGAAUCUCAUUGAUGUACCUCUGUUGGUCUCCCCUAAAUCUCCUAAAUCACCUAAGAGGGUAAAGUCAGAGCCCAAUCUGAACUUAUUGCUCAGCAAUGCGACUCCUUCUCCUAUUAGCAAAGAGAGCGGAAGGAAGUUGAUGGCUGUUAUGAGUGGCCAGGAAGAUUUUCUUGAAGGGGAUGAACCACUUAUACCCUCGUAUAAUCUUCGCCCGCCAACUUUAAAUCCACAACGGAACGCCAUCUCGCCUCCGAAUGAGAUGCCAGUGAAUAUCGUCCGGCCCUUCACGCCGCCACCCAAGAGCUCCAUCAGUUUUGGACCACCGUUACUCAUCAGCACCCCACGUAAAUCCCCCCAGAGAAAGGCUAUCCCGCCAAUUUCGCCUAUCAAAAGGUUGAUAUCAUCUAUCGACUGGUCAAGUAUCGACAUACAUCACCAGAGUACACCCAAGAAGGCCAAGACGUUGGUUCUCGAAAAGGAGAAAGAGGGGAAGAAGAGGGACAAGAAAGUGGGCGUAAGACCGCUCUCUUUGAGAUCGAGGUUGAAAUUGGCUAGCAGAAGGAUUGGCGUGAAAUCGUAA